GCGACAAUGAACCAGCCGCACGACGUUGAAAUCAUCCUCAGCCAUGACCGCAAGUAUCCUUUCCACGCAAGCACGCUCGCGCGAAGCAGCGUGUUCUUCGCGAGCAUGCUCACGGAAACGAGUGCCGCGAGGCUGAGCACGAAGGCGAAGAACGCCGGCGUCACAAAGCGCUGGCUCAUAGAGCUCAUAGAGAUGCCUAGCGCCCAGUACCCUGCUGGUCAGCUGGAGCUCAUCGAACUCAAUUCAAAUGGCGGGCGAGCUGACGGCUGGGCUGGCCGCGUCCUGAACGAGAACGGACGAGUGCCAACCAAGAUCUUCAAGUACUGGGAGCGUGUCCUAUACGCCUUUUACGGCACAGAGAUCCGCAUUGCCGACGAUGAUAUGGGCGCCGCGCUCGUGGACUGCAUUGGCCUGAUCGAAGUCGCGGAAUACCUGGGCUGCGUGAACUUGAUCGGCAAGCCAGUAGAAGUUGCACUCCUCAAGCACGGUCAAGUUCUCUUCCGCUCCAUCCAGGCGAACCCACAAGGAUGGGCAAACAUGAGCUUCCGCAUUCGCUCCGAGCUCAUCUUCCGCGAGUCCAUCAUCCAUCUCGCUGGCAAUUGGAACACUUGGAAGAGGAAUCGCACCACGUUGCAGGGGCUGACGAAGACGCCGGAGGCUAGGCGACUAGCUGAGAAGUACCACCGUCGUCUCCUCGAGCGAUCGCGUGCCUUGGAGAACAAGCUGGCCUCACACUAUCCCCCCAAGAUUGCGGCACCGAAGGAAGACCUCCCUGUCAAGCGCGAAGAGUAUGCAAAGGAUAUCCUCAUUUGGAUGGCCCUCUGCUGGUUCCGUCAAUGGCUUGCGCACAAGAUCAUUGCGAACAAAGGCUACAACGCCGACGAUGGGGGCUUUUCACUCUACGAGGCCAUCGGCGCAGGCGGUGACGCAUACAUGGACAAGGCCGUCCUCUCGCAGUUCCACGCCAUGUUCCCCAUCACCAAGAAGGCGCUCAACGUCAUCGAGAACCACGUGUGCGAGAUCAAGGAGCUGAUGCAGAGCUGGGUCGUCAAAUCGGGCUUGCUGAAGAGCAACUGCCAGCUCAACAUUGAGCAGUUUCCCGUUAGCUACAUCACGUGCACGGAGUUUGAGCGCGCGGAUUUCCCGUGGCUGGAGGAUGAGCAGCCAGCUCCGCCGGUGAGGAAGGGGAAGCGGCCGGGUGGAAAUGACAUCGCGCAGCGGAAUCUGGAGGCGGCCAAGCGCCACCAGCAGCAUCAGGAGGUGAAUUUCGGCGAAGAGGAUGGGGUCAUUGACGAGGAGGACGAGGAGGAAGAGCCCAUGCGCGCCCCGAAGCGUGGCCGGAUCCAGCAGUAGUUGUUGGCGAUUCCCUGGUCAGCUUUGUUCUGGCGUAUGCUAUGGCACAAUCUGCGUUGCUAAGAUAUACCCGGCUGGAUCUUCACUUGGAACCUUUUGCAGACCUCGGGCGUUGGAACGAUGUGGCGUUGAAGAAAAAGUUGACUAUGUACAAUACAGCCUGACAGUACUCCGACCUCGUACUCAGGUCCUCAUGUGUCUGAAUCCAUCCACCCAUGCAUUGUGAUAUCUCUCUGGUCUUGUUAUACCCAGCUCUCGCCCUCGUCCUUUCUUCACUCCCAAUUACUCAUCCUCGAACCCACUCGGCCGCGGUCUCGGUCCCUUGGGUACUGCGCCUGAUUAGUAUGUCGUUCCCUGGCCUCGAUCCCACCAUCCACGUACUCGGAUAUGUCUGCGGCACCUUUGCGAUCCUCUCGUAGCCCAGGUACUUCCUGGUCGGCACAGCCACAGCGAUGAUUCCGGGGCCAGCGAGGC